GUUGCACUUCAGUUGUAUCAGGAGACUUGCGCAGUACAGACGAAAGACGAAUAUGGCCUCACCACAACGUCAUUUUCUUCUUCUUGUUUUCGCGAAAAUUGUUUUGGCAUAUCCAUCGGGGACAGAUAUUAAAGAUUGUGCAGUUAAUGACUAUCAGGAAGUGAACAUUAGGACGAUAGGGUUCGAGAUUGGUUUUUGGGUACCGACAGGAGGAGAAGACUCCAUUUUAAAUUUAACAAUAACAUUUGAAGAAAAGGAAAAAGAGAUUUGGCAUGAUAAAAUUGAGUUUUUCAGAAAGAAAUACAAAUUCACCCGGCGCACAGGGAUACAUGAAAAGAGCCAAAAUGAGUCCAAACUCGCCUGGGAGGUCAUGAAAGGCUGGGCCACAUUCCGUCUCGAAAUUAACAAUCAGUACAAGCUGUUUUACGUAACUCUGAAUGGAAGCAAACUCCUCCUGGAGGAAACCUAUAACAACACUUUGAAAUCCUUGAGAAUCGAAGGAAGCAACGUUACUCUCGAUUGCCUGGAAAAGCUGCGUACAUGGGAAGUGGCAGGUGAACCGGCAGUUAUUCCCUUAGAUAAAUCUAAGCAACAUUACAUCACUUUGUUCUCCACAAAAGAUAUAUAUGGCUCGAUAAAACUUGGGUCAAAGGAAUAUCCUUUAAGGUGGAGUAAUCAGACAAUUAUUUCUAUCGAAGGGAAUGACCCUCUGCCCAAAUUCAUAAGUCACAACAUAACUAUUGAUUGUGAAUCUGGUGGCCAUGGAGUCGUCUGCUUGAUCAAGGAUGCGACACAUGGGAAACUUUUAGAACGUGUCACUUUAUCGAAACUUCCUGAUCAUCUGUCGGUAAAAAAGGAUAAGGGCUACGCUUUCACUGCCAUACUUCACCAGCAAAACUUUUCCAGUACAAAGAAACAUCCUUCAGGUGAAGGUUGUACUGUUCUUGGAGACGACGCCAAAGACAUCCAGUUUAUUUCGAGUAUGACCGCAAUUAUCAUUGGCGUAUCCUUCGUCCUAGGUUUUGGUAUCUAUUUUGGCAUCAAAAAAUUUAAACGAGAAUCAAGAUGCCACCAAAGGAGGAAAGCUGAUGACUCUGACGUGGAAGUGGCAUUAACCGAAGGACCGAAAACUUCUGGAGAACAAAACGAUUUCAGAGACCCCACUGACGUGUCUGAGACGAAGGCGGUACAGUCGACCCCUGGUGCUCGCGGGUAUUAGGGACCACAACCACCUAUGGCAAGCUGAAAUCUGCAAUAACUUGGUAACCUUCCCCCCCAAAAAGUGCAUAUAACUGCUUAUUUGAUCAUUCAAACGCCAAAUACCCUGAACACCUUAAACUAAAAUGCUUAAAAAUGCCAAUUAUAAUAGUUCAUUACCUAUUUUAAUUGUUCUAGCACCAAAUAAUGAUAAGUUUAAGAUUACGUAAAUCAUAUUGGUACUCACCAAUGAUGAAUAUUGAUUGAAGAUUAUGAUGAUGAAUUAGCUGUGCAGGCCGAUGAAUGACAAUAAAAAUAGGACUGCACAGCAAAGCAGAGGUGUUACAAUCUCCUCUGGGGUGCCGCUUCCCCUUUUUCAGGCUCUAAUUCAGGGAUUUCAGGAGCCUUUGGAAGGUCCUUCUUCAUCCACUCAAGAAACAUGGUGAUAAGCAGCUGCUGUUGCUGUUUCUUCAAGCUGACAAGACGUUAUUUUGCACUUAUCAAGGGCAUUUCAAAACUUUAUGGAGUAUACGAUAUCAGGAUCCCAUGUUGAAGUCGUCAUCUGCAGCUCCUUGGCUUUCCUCAUUAUUCGGUACAGACAUUCCAAAGACCGGCCGUCAUCCCUCGUUGCGCCUAGGCAUUUCAGCUUUCCAAGAUUCACUUUCCUUGCACAAGCUUUGUGUUUGGAAUUUCUGGGGUGUGGUUUGGGGUGAACAUUUUUAAAGAAAGAAAUGCAUUUUAUUGAUAUUUUGCUGAAUUUACAUUAAUAUUUGAAAAUUAGUUAAUUAAUUAUUUUUUAUAAAAAAAAUCUAGUAACGAAAAUACAGCAAAAUAAAAAUAGAACGACGGGACAGGUUCCACAGACGUAAACAAACCUAACAUUUCUUCUUGUUUGUUUGUAUGGUGUUUUUUACGUUGCAUGGAUUCUACAAACUACUCACGUAUUUGAGAUAUGCUCUACUUUCAUCCUAAAAACACUUUAAUAUCAAUUCAAAAUCAUCUUACACUGCAAAAUACCAAUAAAAUGUACAGUAUGCGCAGUACACGAUGCACAAAAUAUCAAUGUUAUGCGUGGUAUCCUGUGCUGUAUACAAUUCGCUAAUGACCCAGCAGCUCUAUCCCAGCUGCCCAGCGUAGGCCUCUUCUAUUUGUGUGUUCUACAUCAGUGAGUAUUGGUAUGCUGUACUUCUAAGCUGAAUUUUGAGCGAUUACAAUGGUAGUUAGGAAAACUCUUCAACACAAUUCACCAAAUUUAUUAUACCCAUUUAAGAGAAGUAAAAAUGCUAUAAAUUAUCUAAUCAGAUUGCUUGAAGGAGGUUAUAUCUAGGGGUAAUUUCCAAACUAAUUUCAGCUUGUCCAACCUCAUCUGUAUAAACAACAAAAAGGAAUAUAUAGAGAUAUGGUAAAAGAAAGGAAAUUAUAUAAAUUUAAUUUGAGAAAAGUAUAUAUCAAUAAAUCUUAGAUUGCAUAUAUAAUCUAUAUAAACUUAAUAAGCAAUUACCGAUAAUGUUGGGAGUGCUUGCCAAUGUAAGAAAAAAGGAAUUUACCAUCGGACUAAGCCACUUCAAUUAAACAUAUGGAUAAAUGAUAUCCUGGAAAAUGUAAUACAUUCCGACAUCAAAAUAAUAUCAUUAAGCUAUAAAUAUAAGCAAUAUAAUUUUAUAUAGAAUGCAUUCACUAUAACAUUCAUCCUUCGAAUUAAAUCUAAAAUAAAGUCUUACCAAUAAUAUAAAUACGAAAGAUGAACGUAGGCUGAUAACCCAGGACGACCUAGCUUCACCAAAUAUACCUAAGCGAAAG